AUGGCUGCGACUCUGAGCAGCGGGGAGCGCUGGACAGAAGCCUAUAUUGACGCAAUUAGGAGAAACAAAUACUCAGAAGACAGACCUCCUGAGAGUCAUGACCCCUGUGGUUGCUGUAACUGCAUGAAGGCACAAAAAGAAAAGUCUGAGAAUGAGUGGAAGCAGACCCGGCCGGGUGAAGGGAGUACCACUUACACUGAGGAGCAGCUGCUUGGGGUGCAAAGGAUCAAAAAAUGCAGAAAUUACUAUGAAAUUCUGGGAGUUUCACGAAAUGCCAGUGAUGAAGAACUUAAGAAAGCUUAUCGAAAACUCGCCCUGAAAUUUCACCCUGACAAGAACUGUGCUCCUGGAGCAACAGAUGCUUUCAAAGCAAUAGGAAAUGCCUUUGCCGUCCUGAGCAAUCCUGACAAGAGACUCCGCUAUGAUGAAUAUGGAGAUGAACAGGUGACUUUCACUGCUCCUCAAGCCAGACCUUAUAAUUAUUACAAGGACUUUGAAGCCGAUAUCACUCCAGAAGAACUCUUCAAUGUCUUCUUUGGAGGACAUUUUCCUACAGGAAAUAUUCAUAUGUUUUCAAAUGUGACAGAUGAUACCCACUAUUACCACCGGCAUCACAGACAUGAGAGGAUGCAGGCACGGAAGGAAGAGGAAGAAGAUAAACCUCAGACUACAUAUUCUGCAUUUAUCCAGUUACUUCCAGUCCUUGUAAUUGUGAUUAUAUCUGUCAUUACCCAGCUGCUGGCUGCUAAUCCCCCAUAUAGUCUAUUUUACAAAUCGACCUUGGGCCACACCAUUUCUAGAGAAACCCAGAACCUGCAGGUGCCUUAUUUUGUGGAUAAAAACUUUGACAAGGCCUACAGAGGAGCAUCUCUGCAUGACCUAGAGAAGACAAUAGAGAAGGAUUACAUCGAUUACAUCCAGACAAGUUGUUGGAAGGAGAAGCAACAAAAGUCGGAGUUGACAAAUUUGGCAGGAUUGUACAGAGAUGAACGAUUGAAGCAGAAAGCAGAGUCACUGAAACUUGAAAACUGCGAAAAACUGUCCAAACUUAUUGGCCUACGCAGAGGUGGCUGA